AUGCUCAAUGAUCAUGAACCCUCGAAACGAGGACACGAUUCCUAUCUGAUCAACCGAUCUCGAGUCUCUGCUGUGAACUCUCUAGAUGAUACCGAUGUCGCUUUGAAUGAUACGUCUCGAUCUAGAAAUCCAGAGAACAGACAUGACUACGCUCAAUUGAAGAAAGAUGCCCCAAGCCUCAUUGCUGCCGCCGCACACGCGGCCGUGCCUAGCUGGACGAGCAUGGUUCUGAUGGUCUCUCUUAUAUUCGGUGGCUGUUGCGCCAAUGUCUUUGCGCUCGAGGCGAUUAUCAAAGAACAGCCUACUGCGGGUCCCUUGAUAACAUUCGCCCAAUUCGUGCUCUGCGCACUCUUCACAGUCCCAAGCUUUCUGUCCUUUUCAGCAGGGCCACGAGCUCUAUUCCUUAAUCCCCGCGCCAUCCCACUGCGAUCGUGGGUCGUAUACACUGCCUACUUUGUGAGCGUCAAUCUCCUCAAUAAUUGGGCCUUCGCAUACAAGAUCUCCGUGCCACUGCACAUAAUUCUGCGGUCUGCCGGCCCUGUUGCGUCCAUGGCUAUCGGCUACUUGUACAACGACAAGCGCUAUUCCCGCGGUCAGGUUCUAUCGGUAGCAAUGCUGACGGUGGGUGUGGCGGGGGCGGCCAUGGCGGACGCGCAAACCAAAGGCGUGUCCAUGCACGCCGAUUCCAGCCCCACCAACACAAUGACGACGGUAACAGGUCUCACAAUCCUUGUGCUAGCAAUGGUCCUCUCUGCAUUCCAGGGGAUCUAUGCCGACCGCCUAUAUGCGACUUACGGCAGGGAUCACUGGAAAGAAGCGCUUUUCUACUCGCAUGCUCUUUCUCUGCCCCUGUUCUUGACAAGUUACCCGCAGCUGUUGGGCCAGUGGCGGGUCGUGGCUUCGUCGCCUUCUUUGCUGUCUCAUCUGGAUUCGAAACUUUGGUCCCGUGGGCCGUUGUCGAGGGAAGUCAAGGGUACUACUUUCUCGGUGCUGGUGCGGAUGUGUCAGGUUGAGUCUGUGCAGGCUUUCCUUAGACAUGUUCCCAUUCAGGUGACGUAUCUGGCGAUGAAUGCGCUGACUCAGUACCUGUGCAUUCGUGGUGUUCAUCUUUUAUCUGCCAAGUCUUCGUCCCUGACAGUUACCAUUUUCUUGAAUAUUCGCAAGCUGGUUUCAUUGCUUCUGUCCAUCUAUCUCUUUGGGAAUCAUCUGGCUACGGGUGUUUUGGUUGGCGCAGCUUUGGUAUUCAUUGGAGGUGGCUUAUAUGGCUUUGAGAGUGCGCGUCUGCGCAGUGUUGCUAAAAAGACACAGUGA